AUGGCAACCAAUGACAUCAACAACAAUGCCGCGAAGCUCAAGUCACAGCCCAGCCUCACCUUCUACCCGGCCUUUUGCUUCAAGGCCUCACCUACAAAUUUUACAUGGGUGAAGAUAGGCGCUGCGGAUAUUCACCGGUUGAAGAGACGGGUGGAGUUUGGAGAGCAAGGCCUAUUCUUCUACCAAAACAACCCGAUCCGCUAUGUGAAUCUAGUCGGCGUAAUCGUGGCGCGCUCUGACGUUCCGCGCCGGACGAUUCUAACACUCGAUGAUAGCACCGGCGCGACGGUUGACAUUGUUGUUUUGAAGGGGAAUCCUGCGUUCAUUUCGACUGCAAAUUCGUCUACCCCCCAUGCCUCGAAGGAAGCGAACGAUAGAGAUGGCGACAAAGACGCGACUCCGAAAGAGUACCACGUAACGUCAACAACACAGACCCCGAUGGACAUCACGCCUCUGCAGCCGGGACGGCUGUUCCAAUUCAAGGGCACGUUGUCGGUUUUUCGCGCGACGAUGCAGGUUCAGCUUGAGCGUUUUUUCACGGUUCCUGAUACAAAGGCUGAGAUGCGCUUUGUGGAGGCGCGCUGCCGGUUUCUGGUUGAGGUGCUUUCUGUGCCAUGGGUUUUGGGGGAAGGGGAUAUUGCUGCUCUCAGGAUGGAGGCUGAUGAGGAGGGGAGCAAAAUUGAAGAGGAGCAAGCGAGGUUAAGGAGGAGGGAAAGGAGAAAGGCGGAGAGGGAGGAGAAAGAGAGGCGGAAGAUAGGAAAAGUAUGGGAGCGGGAGGAGGCACUGAGAGAGCGAGAAGCGAGGGUCGCUCGGGAGGUGGGAAUGGAGUAUAUGCGCGAGAUCGAGAGACAGCGCGGCAACCCAACCUGA